UAGUGAGAUAUACUUUUUAUUUUGUAUAAUAGCGUAUAAUUAGAGAUUAACUUUUCAAAUAUCGAUGCAAUGGCUGCAUUGUUUUGUCUCAUGAAUUCCUUACGAAAAAAUAUAUUAUCAAUAGAACAGAAUAGGAAUAUAUCGUUAUCUGCAAUAACAUACAUUAAAAAAUUCAUUACGAAAAAAGAGGGAAAAACUUUAACUAUCGAAGGCGUAAUAGAACCCGACAAACAUGCAGAAUUAUUCUUAAAACCUAAAAACGGAGCAUGCUCCAUUUGCUCUUCUGGUCUUGAUAUUAAACAUACAGAUGUUCUUAUCCUAAAUCAAUUUGUUCGAUCAGAUGGUUGUAUAUUACCACGUAGGAUUACAGGUCUUUGCGCAGUACAACAGAAAAGAAUUAGUUCAUUAAUCAUAAUGGCUCAAAGUGCAGGAUUAAUGCAAAGAAGAGCUCCUGAAGGUGGGUUACUUCAUCCAUUAAGAAGAAGAAAAUGGAAAAAAUUCAAUACCUAUUUUGAUGAAACUACUAUUAAAACCAGAUAUAUGUAA